AUGGACGCCGAAAUGACUGAAUAUCUGAAUAAGGUCAGUUGUCCCUUCGCAUUUUAUAAGUUAUCUUUUGCGCUUGCAACAUCCCGUAAUCGGUACGCCUCUAGAGCGUUUAUUCACUGUUGGUUUCCUUGUUUGUUGUCUCUCGUACUGUUUAUUCCCAAAUACAUCACUUAGUUACGCUGUGCUAUCUUUCAACCCAGUUUGAAACAUCUUGGGAUAACUUUUUCACACCUACCGAUUGUACAUCACAUGUUUCGUGCCAAAUAUCUGGGCGUUUACAAGGAAACGUUUUGUUUCCCUUGAGUGGUUAAAGCUGCAAUUGACCUGGCGGUUCGUGCCGUGUGGGCUACUUUUUGUCCUUCUUUGACCGAAUUUUACAAAGCAUUGCUUUUGGUUUAACUCCAACUAUCGUGGUCCUGGUAGAUCUCCACAAGAUCUGGCGAAUUAGUGAUACUCGGGUUGCCGAUCAUAGUGCCCAAAACAACCACAGCUGAAGUUAGUCAGUUUGAAAUUUGAAGACCGGCUAGGCAGAUAAUACGAUUUAAAACCGGCGCCUCUUUUUAAUUGUUUCGGCAGACGUUAUCCAGUACACCGUAGCAUGCCUCUAAUAAUCAGUCUGCCUCAUUCUUUCCGCAGUGUUAAUGACGGGCAAUUUCCCACACAUAGUAGGCGCUUACGCAUCCGCUCCCGAAUCCCAGAUCUUUCUGUCCAGACCAUGUCUCUUAUGAACUCCACCAGUCACAUUACCGUAUAGCCCAACGAUGUUUUUCUUCGACAUGGCAAUUAACGACGUUACGUCUUCAUGUAACAAACGCAUGUCUAUGGGGUGGUGUCUGUGUACAUUUCUGCACUAAUUUGCGUUAUGCAGUGCAACCGAUCUUUCUGGACGGACAUUGUUAACUCCACGGCCAUCUCCUUCGACAAAUCAACUACAAAUACACUAAAAACGGGUAUAUUGUCGUCACGUAUAGGCGUUCUUCGGCCGAUAGUGAACAGCAUUCAUGACCAACAAGAGCAAUGUCGGAUUUCGCGAUAGGGUUUAGAUGCUCAAUAGAUAUCCUCUAAAGCCUUUAGUCGCUAGCACAUCAUGGUACUAAAUUUCUGCAUUGUAGCUGGGCUCGAGGUACUCAAUUGAAGUAGAACUAGGGAUAGCAAAAUUUUCCAAUCUGCCUUCAUUUUCUUGUGUGAAGUGACUGGUCGACAACGGCGGGAAUUUUUUUCUGAUCCUUUGGUGCUAACCGAACAUUCCAACAAGCCUUCGCAGAUGGAACAUUCAUCAGUCUGGUUACUUGUUCUUCUAAUGCUAAGUCAGACAUAAAUCGCUGUUUCUUUCCACUCUAUAUUAUAGAUGCAAAUAAAGGAGACUUCAGACUUGUACGUUACCUGCACAAGUGUCUGUUUUGAUCGGUGCGUUAUGAAUUUCACUUCACGAAAGCUGCAGGAUUCUGAAGUAUGUACAAUUUUUCGGCCUCCAUUUACUUUAUCUCUCCUCUGUCACUUAAAUCACAAAAUGCACAGAAAUUCUCCUAAGAACUGAUCCUCUAGAAGUAAUCGUCGACACACUUCAUUGUCUAUUAGCCAUCAUGUUAUCUGGGUAGUGUAUAUUUCUUAUGUCCUCUCACUCAACAGACGACCUCAUUUGUGAGGCGCUUACAGGAAUCCCUUAUAUUUCCGAAGCUUUUUUUCAUUUGAAGCAAACCUCGCCUCAUCCACUUACUAAUUUUGGCGACACAGCCUUACUGAUUCGACUUGUUUCGUCGUGCCUCAGUAUAAAUCAAUGACCGAAGUUUGAGUGGUGCUUCCCCCACGUUUUCUCGUCUUUCGUUGGUCACUUCAACGCUGUCUAAAGUUAGGGUCCCGUUUGGCUGAGGCGACAUUCCAAGCCCUUUACCAUCCGUUUUGGCACAGCGCAUUGUUGGACCAUGCCAUUCAACAGAGGGGGACACCGUUGUGUUCCGCGGCAACCGUUGCUGUCCGUUUCAGACGUACCCAGAGUGACAAAUUUGUUUAAUGGAGCACAAACACGCGACGCACGUGUAGUAGACACACAGGCCACGCAGUGUAUCUAUAUCAAAAGGUUUCGACAGAAGCUGCCCUGAUUAUUCCUUGUCCGUAAGUCCUGACGCAAGAGAUAAUUUGGAUGUACGGGCAGUGAUCUAUCAGUGACAAUGUGAGGAGGCCUGAUGUCGCUGUCGUCUAUGAUGGAUUACUACUUUUCGAAAGAUAAACACAGCUACAACCCCCCCUCCCCCCCAUCUGUAGGUACGUUUUUUUGGAUUUGCCAGAGGGCCCAUCUUAAAUCAUCUGAGAUUAUCAAGCAGCUCUUGCAGUUUUUCGCUGAAUGAUGGCCUCGGAUGUCUUGUCAAAGACCUAUAUGCUAGGCAAGGCGUCACACUCACAAUGAAAGUCAGGCAGCAUGACGUCCUAGUACUCAGCGCCAAGCGUGGAAGCCGGGCCUUCUGGAACCGGAAGUUUUAGACCACACCUAUAUACUAGUGUUCCAUCCACUAACGCUGCUAUUUUUACGCCCUUUUCUUCACUCACCGUUGAGGUAGACUGACUGCCGAAUUGGCCAAUCUUGAUAUCGCCGUUAUUUAAAACAUCUGAGUCGCGUUGGGCCGCUUUACACCAGAAUUUUGCGCACCCACGUGACAAAACUGGCUAUACUAGCCUGCCGUUGUCAUGCGCUUCAGUACGAAGGUAACAGACUUUUUACAUUACCGCACCAUAUACAACGGACCUUGAUUAAAUUAUACCCGUCCUCUCAAAGUCCCCAUGGCUCAGUCAGACGCUCGGAUUAGUCAUUUCAUUAAAAUGGUAGCAUCGAGGACUUGGAAGUUACUGAAUGCAUGAGCUCGGCUGCUGAUACCUCCAAAUCCAGACAGAAGUAUAAAUAAACCGGACUGUUUAGCCGAAUCAUCGACUUCCAUAACAAGACUGUUAAAAGGAUGAUUAAGGUGCGGCAUUUUCCUGUGAAGAGGCAACUGUCGUCUUAGUUCAAGUCUACAAUCAGUUUCAUUCUCACGGUUUUUUUUUCCUUUUUCAGCUCGAUUGUAUCGAGAAAUGUUCACAGAAGUUUGCCAAAAUGAACCAACGUCUCACUCUCCGUCUUUUUGAAAUGAAUAAAGAAGAGGUGGCCAAGCAAAAGUAG